AUGACGUGGUUUGCAAUUCGAGCACGUUAUACUACGCUACUUAUCUAUGGUGACGAUAUCGAUUGGAGAAGAUGUUAGAGAACAGAACCGCUUGUUGAACAGCAUGGACGAUGAUUUUGACUCUUCGAAAGGAUUACUGACGUCAACGAUGAAGCGCCUUGGUAUUGUUAGUAGGGCUGGAGGCAAAAAUCUGAUGUGUUACCUGGUGUUGUUCGCUCUAUUCGUCUUCUUCGUAAUAUAUUACCUGGCCAGGUAGACUGA